AUGCCUGAUGUAAACCCAGACGCUGACGAUCUGUCGGGAGGAAGGGCGGAUAAUCUUCAAGAAUGGUCAGUAAUGCGGAGAUUGAGUGAGCAACUGACUGAGGCUACUCUUGCGGCUAUGCAAAAAGCCGAUGCAAGCUUUCCUGGCAAGCCUCUUCUUGAUGUACCCAUUCUGGCCUGUCCUAAAUGCCAUAAACCGGAACCGCUCUAUAGCAAUGAUGCUUUAAAUGAAAAAGGCCAGCAUUCUAAUUGGCACGCGGGAUUACAAAGAUGCGGUCGCUCAAAAAGCAUCGCUCUCUCAGGUUUGGAUCGUGGCUGUAACUACUGCACAGCCUAUUAUUAUCAGAACCCUUUGAAGGACUAUAUUUGGUCUAGACCAAGCGUUCACUCCAGUCGAGCACCAACAUGGCAACAACACUACUCAUUUCAGUCUCGUUGCUCCAGUGUGACACCAGUUAAUAUUGACAUUGGUGACAUACCGGCCAUGAGUGGAUUAUAUCGAGACGUAAAACUUCCAGGUCUCAAUAUUACCAAAGGAGCCCAGAGAAGAUCUAGUUCUUUGAUCGAGAUACCGACUAAGUCGUCACAACACACACAAACGAUUUUCUCCAGCAUAACGUCAGGCAAUGACUUCAGCAGCGCUGGAAAUAAGUCAAGGUAUCAAUUAAAAUCUGGCUCUAUGUAUUCAAAACAUGCCUCCGGGUUGCGGUUUCAAUUGCCUCCUGCACUUCAGCGGACAAAGUCCUUUCGUAAGCGUGGACUUGACUUUGGACUGCGGAAGACUUUAUCCGUAACCAACGCAAUAGUUCGUAUGCCCAUUGAAUCUGCAACCCCCUCUAGCAAGAAAAACUUGGAUACCUCAACAGGAGAUGCAACAAAAUACCUCCUCUUCAGUAACACUACAUCUUCCCCUUCUAUACCCAAACAAACCCCGAAUACGUCAGCAGCUCCAUCUAUUAAGGUAGCACAAAAUAAUAAAACAAUUAUCCUUCACAAUGAUUUGUACAAUGCUUCUGAAUCAGGAAGUUUGCAUUCCUGGCCAGCUGGACACACUGCAAGCACAAUGUGUAAUGAGGAUGAGGAGGCAUCAGGUGAAACGUUGAGGAAUCACAGAGUGUCCAUGCCGAGGAAGCACAGCCUUUCGGAUGGAUACAUUGCACAAGUAAAAACAUUUGCAGUAGGUGGUGAAACAUCCAACCUAGUGGAAGAUGAGGCUCAAACACGACCUGGUAAGAGGGAUGUGCAGUUACAGACAAUGGAGGACUUUGAAAAAGAAAUUAAAUCCAGUUUCAACAUUCCGCGUAUUCUAAAUGAGGAGGAUCAAACGAAGGAACCAGACGAGGGCCUCAAUUGGGAAAGUCCCAGUGGAAUGGAUGAUACGUCAAAACAACGUUCUAAGGAAUACUGGAAAGAACAAUUUUUGUUGUUUUUUCAACCUUCGGAUAACAAGUUGGCGAAGAAAUUAUUUGGCACAAAGGUGGCACUGAAUAAGGAGCGUUCUAGACAACGAAAACAGGGUAAAUGGAUUAUUCACCCGGCGAGUAACUUUAGAUUUUACUGGGACUUGCUGAUGCUCGUUUUGCUCAUUGCGAAUUUGAUCAUACUUCCAGUUUUCAUCUCCUUUUUUCUUGAAGACUUGGGGUUUCAGGCAAUAUGUUUCAACUGUGUCUCCGACACCAUCUUCCUUUUGGAUAUUGUUGUCAACUUUCGAACAGUGAUUAAUUUGGGACCUGACAAAAAUGAGGCGCCGCCCUCAUUGAAGGAUGAAAGGACUUCUAAACUCACUUAUGCUCUUAAAAUAGAUGUGGUUACAAUUUAG